AUGAGAAUAACAAAAGUAGUAUGUCUUGAUUGUGAAAUGGUCGGUAUUGGCGAAAAUGGGAUAGAUAAUAUGCUUGCUCGCGUAUCACUCGUAAAUCAACUUGGUGAAUGCAUAUAUGAUAAAUAUGUUGAACCACGUGAACAGAUUGUUGAUUAUCGAACACAUGUUAGUGGUAUAACUCCUCAGCUUCUUGAGCAAGGUAUUCCAUUUGAAACUGUACAAAAAGAAGUGGCCGACAUUAUCAAUGGUAAAAUUCUUGUCGGACAUGCCAUUCACAAUGACUUAAAAGUUCUUUUUUUAAGCCAUCCAAAACGUAAAAUACGUGAUACUCAACGGUACAAAGAAUUUCGUUCAUUAUUCAACGGAGGAUUGCCAUCUCUGAAAGCAUUGGUGGAAAAAGUACUCGGAAUGAAAAUACAAAUUGGUGAACAUGACUCUGUCGAAGAUGCUCGUGCAACACUUCAGCUAUAUUUACAAAAUCGACGUCAGUGGGAAAGUCUUUUGCGUGAUAGAAAACGUACACCUCAACUGACCCCAGUGGUCGUCGAUAACAAAGAUGGCUGGGGACCUACUGAGGAUACGUUUCAAUACAAAGAUAUGCCCUAUCAACCUUAUUCGAAAAGUGAUACAUUAGGAAAGGUAGCAGAUUGGACGGGAACAGUGUAUGGCGAUAAACGUAAUUACAAUCGAUAUCGAUCACAAUAUGGUUCUGGCACUGGCAUGUAUCAAUAUAUUCAUGAAGAUGAUGAAAAUACAUUUCAACUUGUUGAUUCUAGUCGAUUACCCCGACCAGCAUAUCAGAAAAAAACACGCUUUCAACAAAAUCGUUUUCGUCAACAACAACAACAGAAUCAAAGGUUUCAACCAAUGCAAAAAGCGUUUUCUGGCACACAAAAAAAAUCAAAAACAAUGAAAAAUCUUGAAAUGGAUCAAAUGCGUCAACUAAGAAAAUGGCAAAAACAAUACGGCAAUCGUGCUGAUCCUCGUCAACAUCAACAAGCAAAACAACGUGAACCAUCUGUACGUGUCCGUGAAAAUUGGCAAGUUAUUGAAGAAAUAUCAUUUAAUAGUCUGUCAAAAUUGAGUUUACCUUCUGUUGGUGAACCAGAAGAAAUAAAUGUAUGCGGUUCGCUUGAAUAUUAUGAUAAAACGUAUGAUCGCAUAAGUACAAAGAGUGAAAAAAAAUUAGUGAUGGUUAAUCGUUUAUUUCAUAAAAUAACAACAACAAAAGAUCCAGUGAUCCGGCAAAUUUGUAAAACACGUGGAAAUAUUUUUGCUACAGAUGCUAUUAUAUCAACGUUGAUGUGUUGUACAAGAUCUGUUUAUCCGUGGGAUAUUGUUGUCGAUAAACUUGGCUCAAGAUUGUUUUUUGAUAAACGAGAAGAUUCAACAAUUGAUAUGUUAACAAUGAAUGAAACAGCAAAUGAACCGCCACCAGAAGAUGGUUCAAUGGAUUCAGCUAAAAAUCUUGCAAUGGAAGCUAUAUUUAUUAAUCAUAAUUUCUCUCAACAAGUGUUGAAAAUGAAUGAAGAACGAUAUAAAUUUACAAAUCCGAAUCCAUUUAUUCAACCAGAUGAAGAAAAUGAAGCGGCUUCGGUUGCAUAUCGUUAUCGUGCAUGGGAUUUAGGAAAUAAUUGUGUUAUUGUUAUCAGAUGUGAACAAGACGCUGUUCAAAUUGGUCCCAAUGGAGAAGAACAAUUUAUUAAUGUCAAAGCAUUAAAUGAAUGGAAUCCAAAAAUCGGCAGUGGUCUUGAUUGGCGAACGAAAUUAGAUAUGCAACGUGGUGCCGUAUUAGCUGCAGAAUUACGUAAUAAUGGAUUUAAAUUAGCAAAAUGGACAACAUGUGCAAUAUUAGCUGGUUCAGAUCAAAUUAAAUUUGGGUAUUAUGUAUCACGUCAAAAUUUUAAAGAUGCAUCAAGGCAUUCUAUAUUAGGUAUGCAACAUUUUAAACCGUUAGAAUUUGCCACACAAAUGGCUUUAAAUAUUGAUAAUGGAUGGGGUAUUGUUCGAGUAUUAGUCGAUUUUUUUAUGAAUAAAGACGAUGGACGAUAUUUAAUUACAAAAGAUCCAAUGAAACCAACACUACGUAUUUACAGUGUACCAGAAAAUUCAUUUGACAGUGAAGAAGAAGGUAGUGAGGAUGAGAAUGAGCAAAAGUAG